GUGAACUUUUGCCCGACAUACCCAUCAUCAGAAACUGAGGAGAGUCUGGAGGCCAUGCAGAAAGCUCUACUCUUAGAUGUAAAGAAGAGGAAUAACAGAGAGGUUGUGAAACUCAAGAUGGAAAAGACUUUCGCACACAGAAGACAUGAAGUCGUUCGUGAUGUUCCAAUGGUGGAGGAUUUCAUGGCAAGGUGGCCUGCCCUGUUUGAAGUUAGUGAGAUCAAUGCUGAAUUCAAGAGAAUCACCACUAUCCCACUUCAGUCCAAGUUCCUGUCUCAGCUGGACCUCUACUCUGACAACCUGACAAGGCUGUUCCAAAAGAGAGGAGGACAGCUCGGAGCAAGGCUCAAAACAAUCAUUGCACAAAUUGCUGAUUGUAAUGAUGUAGACACUGGACGAGAGUGUAUCAUCAAGGGAGUCUGUAUCUACAUGGGUGAAGAUCCAGAAAACCUUGUGCGGGAAUAUGUGGGCAUGGAUGAAAACGCCAUCAACGAGGCCAUUGAGGACACCACUGUUGGGAUUUAUGUUCUUAAAGAACAUGCUUCAAGAGAUGAAACUAAGGAUAUUGGAAUUGUCCUUGAAGGCAUCAAGGUGUUGCAAGAUCUAGACAAUGUAGCAUUAGCUGUUGCUAUGCUGUUCGGACUCAUGUAUGCGCUGAACCUCAGCUACCCUGCUGACCUCCGCUUUACCUUUGAGGUAGUCCAGAAGAUUUUCAUGGAACUGGAUGGAGAUAAACUUUCUAACAAAGCACUCACUCUAAAAAACAGGCUCUUUCAGUGUUAG